CGAGCAAAAAUUAUGUUUAUUGUUCAAUAAACAACGUAAAAUAAAAAUAUGGAUAGAGGGGAAUACAGAAAAGAUCGCUCUACUGAUAGAAGAGAACACUCUUUACAGAGAAGGGAUCGCUCUUCUUCACAUGGAAGGGAACGCAGUUCACACCGCAAGGAUCGCACAUCACACAAAAGGAAACACUCUUCCCGCAAAAAAGAACGCUCCCCACACACUGCGUCAGAUCGUAGAGAGUCUCGGGAUCGCUCUUCACACGAAAGGAAACGCUCAUCACACCGAAAAGAAGGCGCUGCGACAUCUAGACGGGAACGCUCACCACACAGAAAAGUGUACUUACAUAGAAAGGAGCACUCUUCCCUACACAGAAGGGAACGCUCUCCACACAGAGCAAAACGCUUUCCACCGGAGGAGCACCUAAGAACGCCGGAAACCAAUGUCCUGACCUACAAGAAGUUGCAGCAGAUGCCCGUAAAUCUGCGCAAGAAAGCAAUUAGAGAAGCACGCAACCGAAACGAGGAGAUACUAAGCAAUCGCAAGGGAAAGAAGAAAAAAACCAAAUCAUGGAUCACUGCUCGACGCCAGUGCAACGCCGCCGAAUGUUCCGAGCACAAUAACCUGGUGGACAGCACAGAGCAAGAACUCCGUCAGAUUUUGCAGGGUUUCGAUGUACUCUCGGACAUACCCUGUGACUGUACGGCCACGGAGCUGCUGGGCGAGAUUGCCAUCGCAGAGGGAAACGCCACAACUAUUUUCGUGGAGCGAGAUGGACUCACCACCCUGACAAUUGUGCUCCAUCAGCCCGAACCGACCAUCGCGCAGCUUAAGAAGGCCAUGGCUGUGAUAUCUCGCGCCGAGCACAAGCGAAGACAGCGCGAGCGGCACGAAGAGAGUCUCAGGCGUCGUGGAUUGGCCGACGGCGGGCCCGAAGAUCCACAGCGGCAGCAGCAAGUUGCUGGUGGAGCUAUGCCGAGCUCCACCGGCGAGUUAGUUUAUUCCGCACUGCGCAACGGGCACGAUCAUCGCGCGUUCGUUUCUUGGCACUUUCUAUGGCGCUGCUUUGGCCUCUUCAACGUGGAAACGAAUCAGCCGAUCGACGACCGCUCAAACGGACGGGCCACCCUCACAGAGCUGGGCAUUGAGAACGCUGCCACCCUGAAGUUUGUUCAUCGCGUCAAGUACUUUGGUUGCCAAAGGCAGAAAUAGCCAGCAGAGCACAUCCACU